GCAAUCCCCUUAUAUAAGGCCCUUCAAACCCUCACGUACUCGCCUCUUCUUCACAUCCGCGCUCACUAGUCUUUUCUCUCCCUCUCUAUAAACCCAGGCCAAAAGCCCUAGCUUCCCUCCUCUCUCUCUAACGCCUUCAAUGGAGUUCUGGGGUAUUGAAGUGAAGGCUGGAGCACCUGUGCAGGUAUUGCCAGACCAAGGCAAUGUGAUUCAUUUGUCACAGGCUUGUCUAGGUGAGUCAAAGAAAUCACCUGAAAGUGUUGUUAUCUACGGAAAGGUUGGAGAAAAGGAGCUUGUGUUGGGACAUCUUAUUCCUGGCCAAAUCCCUCAGUUGUCAUUUGAUUUGGUCUUUGAUGAAGAGUUUGAGCUAUCCCACAACUGGAAGAAUGGCAGUGUCCACUUUGCUGGCUAUCAAUCUGUAAUGGGUGAUGAUAGUGAGGGAUCAGAUGAUGAGUUUGGAUCAGAUUCAUCUGAAGAAGAGGAAGAUCUCCCAGUGGUUCCUGCAGAAAAUGGGAAAGUCGAAAAUAAAAAACCUGCUUCAGCUAAGAGCAAUGCCAAACCUGAAUCUUCUGGAAAGCGAAAGGUUAAGAUUGAAGAACUUAAAGUUGAGGCUGAUGAAGAUGAUUCUGAUGACUCAAUGGACUCAGCUGACUCGGAUGAUGAUGAUGAAAGUGAUGAUGAUUCUGAUGAGGAAGAUGAAGAGACACCCACCCCUAAGAAGCCUGAAUCUAAGAAAAGAGCCCAAGCCCCUGGAUCUGCUAAAACUCCAGUUUCUGCUAAGAAGGCAAAGAUAGUCACCGCUACUCCUCAGAAGACUGAUGGCAAGAAGGGCGGCCACACAGAUACUCCACACCCUGCAAAGAAGGGAAAGACUCCUGCUACCGAUAAGUCCAAGGCACAAACUCCAAAGUCUGCUGGUGGUAGUCUCUCGUGCCGCUCCUGCAACAAGACAUUUGGUUCAGAUGGGGCUCUGCAGUCUCACAACAAGGCCAAGCAUAGUGCUGGAAAGUAGAAUGGAGAUGUGGCUGAAGCACAGCUGGUUAAUCAUAUAUGAUAUUUUUGGUAUCGAAGAGUACAGGGGAAGUUGAAGGGUUUUGACAUUAGCAGAUUAUCCUCCGGAUUUAUUUAUCGCCUUGGUUUGUUCGAUUGUUUUAACUGAAUGGUUUAGUGUGCUAUCUGGAUGUUUUUACCUGAUUAUUAAUUAGUCUUUUUGCUU